UAUGGCCCUAAAUUCAAACGCAUACUUCACCCGGCUUUUGGUAUCAAGACACAAAUACAUUAUUUCAGGAUCAGUCACAUCGGUGCAUGACCCACUCGUCCCCAGUCUCAACAAAGGUUAGGACCGUCGGCGUACAGUCUCAAAUGAAAUUCGUCUGUUAUACGGGGGGGGUCUGUGAGUGCCCCCAGGGAAUCGGCUAAUGAGUUCUCGGUUCUCCACUAGUCUUGUCUGGAACGCGAAGUCGCGGGAGAGUUCGGAAUAUUUCCUGUCCCACUGCAAAACAAACGUGUCCAGCUCCAGCUAGGUAGCGUAGUACACUUCACGUUAUACAGAAACGAAGCGUUAGGCCACUGAAUUUCCGAAAACGUCUUGUUUGUCAGGCAGUUGACCUUUAAAGUUGACUGUCAACUGUCAAUGUCGACCGUUUCAAUCGCGUGACCGGAAUGGAGGAUAACGUGGGGAGCGUGCUCCAUUGCGAUGAUACGAAUAAGUUGAGGCAGAAAUUGGCCCUACUACAGAGAGAGUACUCCAGGACAGUGAAGAGAUUGCAGCGAGCUGAGCGUUCGGAUGCUGUACGGAAGCAUGUGAGAAGCCACAUAUCUAACCUCCUGGAUCAGAGGGACCCAGGUCCGGCCAGCACCUCUUUCAACCCAGCUCUGCCCCCUCUCUCCAUUGACAGCCCUGCUAGGACAGUCCCAGGCUUGGCCACGCCACUAGGCCCUGCUCGAGACUCGAACCCUGCCAACACCAGGAGAGAGCCGUCCGUCUGCUUCCUCCUCCCUGUCGAUGACUCUCUGACUCCUGACCCUAAACCUGACCCUGCCGGGGGUCACAGGCGAAGCCCUGCCCUCCGGCUGAGGUCACGGAGAAGCCGGUUGCGCUGGGAGAAAAGGGGGAGAAGCCUGGGAGGGAAUGGGCGAGGGGCAGAGUGUAGGACAGACACAGAGAACAGCGAGGACUGGACCGAGUCAAAUGGACCGGAGAGAUUGGAGGGAAGGAAUAAGGACGGAGACAGGGAUGAGGAGGCAAAGAAGAGAUCUGGGAAGGAGGAGAGAAAAGCUAAAAGGGAAACCCCAGAGGAGGCAGCGAGGCUGAUGAGAGAUGGAGAGGAGAACGGAGAACAGAGAGAACGGGCAGAAAUAGGGAUUGAAGAUAAUGGGAGUGAGGAGGAGGACAGAGAGACAGAGAAGGUGGAGGGGGGCUUGAGGAGGGAUGGAGAGAAGAGGAGAAAAGAGGGAGGUGAUUCAGGAGCUGUGGGAGGCUCGAAGUUAGGGGGUUUUGGGGUGUCUAAAUCAGGGGGUAUGAUGUCUCCAGGUUUAGGGGGUGUUGGGGUGUCUGACUCUGGGGGUGUGACGUCUCCAGGCUUGGGGGGUGUUGGGGUGUCUGACUCAGGGGCUAUGACGUCUCCAGGCUUGGGGGGUGUUGGGGUGUCUGACUCAGGGGCUAUGAUGUCUCCAGGCUUGGGGGGUGUUGGGGUUUCUGACUCUGGGGGUAUGACGUCUCCAGGCUUGGGGGGUGUUGGGGUGUCUGACUCUGGGGGUAUGACGUCUCCAGGCUUGGGGGGUGUUGGGGUGUCUGACUCAGGGGCUAUGACGUCUCCAGGCUUGGGGGGUGUUGGGGUGUCUGACUCAGGGGCUAUGACGUCUCCAGGCUUGGGGGGUGUUGGGGUGUCUGACUCAGGGGCUAUGACGUCUCCAGGCUUGGGGGGUGUUGGGGUGUCUGACUCAGGGGCUAUGACGUCUCCAGGCUUGGGGGGUGUUGGGGUGUCUGACUCAGGGGCUAUGACGUCUCCAGGCUUGGGGGGUGUUGGGGUGUCUGACUCUGGCGGCCGGCUGGAUUCGUGCACCAUGGUGGAAGGUCUGCCGUUUCCUGUAGAAUACUACGUCAGAACCACAAGACGCAUGUCCUCUUCUCAGAGCCACAGAGACUUGCAGGCCAUCAUUCUGAGCCAGCUCAAACCAGGACGUCACACACAGAGCAGGAAACGGACAGCGGACACAUACACACUCUCAGCGUCACACACACACUCUCACAUACCUCCACAUACGCAGUCAGACACACCAUCUGAACACGCCAAUGACAGCCAGAGCUUAAGUCAGCUGACCUUCGACCCAGAGAACAAUCACAUGCCAGUAAGUGGGGAAUCAGCCAAUGAGAGGCUUACCUCAGAGUUGGUGACCAAUCAGAGUGAGUGUUUGCCCUCACGAGGGUGCAGUGUUCGACCUAUCAGGGGACGGAGGGGGAGAGGAAGAGGAAGAGGAAGAGGGAGAGGAAGGAGUCUGGGCUGUUCUCUUAGUUUGGAGCCCCACCCCCCAGCACCAGGUCUCGACCACAGCGUUACCCCAGCCUCGCAGCCUCUGCCUGGGGGUCUGGAGCGCUUGUCUCACUCUGGAGGUGUGGAGGAUCGGCUGUACCCCAUCUUCAGAAGAAGCUGUGUCACUCCCCUCAUUCACCCACCAGAGCAGAGCAAAGGACGAGCCAUGCAUCCUGGGAGUCUGGGCUGCCUCGUCCCGACCUUCGACCUCCAGGACUUCCAUCUUCCUGAUGAACAGUUUGGACAACUGAAACUACAGAAGCUUCGCAGUUCCUCGUCCUCCAACCCAGAAAAGCAGCCCUUCUCCCCUUACAACAUGCGUCAUCGCCGUGCCAAUGGCUUGCUCUGCAGCAACAGGGCCAAGUUGGCCACUCCCUUCUCUGAGCCGCUGCCCCGCCCUCUUAGCCCUGCGGUCUCAGAGCAUUUACAUCCUAUUGGGUCAGUAGAACUGUCUGUUGACCAGCCUGAACGCCUCCAUUUCAAAGAUUCUACUGAACAGUAUACAGACUACCAGCCUGUAGACAAGCAGCUUACUGAUCUCCCUGUAGACCAGCCUAUAGCUGACCAGCUUUCAGAGCUCCGUGUAGACCAGCCUAUAGCUGACCAGCUUUCAGAGCUCCGUGUAGACCAGCCUAUAGCUGACCAGCUUUCAGAGCUCCGUGUAGACCAGCCUAUAGCUGACCAGCUUUCAGAGCUCUGCGUAGACCAGCCUAUAGCUGACCAGCUUUCAGAGCUCCGUGUAGACCAGCCUAUAGCUGACCAGCUUUCAGAGCUCCGUGUAGACCAGCCUAUAGCUGACCAGCUUUCAGAGCUCCGUGUAGACCAGCCUAUAGCUGACCAGCUUUCAGAGCUCCGUGUAGACCAGCCUAUAGCUGACCAGCUUUCAGAGCUCCAUGUAGACCAGCCUAUAGCUGACCAGCUUUCAGAGCUCCGUGUAGACCAGCCUAUAGCUGACCAGCUUUCAGAGCUCCGUGUAGACCAGCCUACAGACUUCCCUUUAGUAGACUGUUGGACCAGACAGUCUUUCCUACAGACUGAAACGGAUACAGACUGCCCCACCAAGAGCUCUGAGUUCCCUCCAAUCCAACCAGAGACGGAUGACAAUAGCCCCUCCCUUCUCCUCGCUAGCCCCUCCCUAACCGCCCGCACCCUUCACGGACACACCCUCUCUCUCCCCCCGCCCUCCAGUCCCCCGUUACCCUCCCUAGGGGUGACCCCAAAUCCCCUCCUCCCAUCCAGCCCCCCCACUCUGACUCUCCCCCUCUCCGCUGGUCCAUCGUCCCAUACCCUCUCCCCUCCCCCCCUCUCCCCCCGCCCCUCCCCCCCACCCUGGGGCGCCAGCUUGGUCGACUCCCUGCCCCAAACGAUGCCCCCUCCACAGCUCCUGCUCCAGCCGGCUGGCUCUCCCUGCUCCGCCCGGCGGACCACAGAGGGGGAGAAGAGAGAGGGCAAAACGUCGGAGGAGGUACGGGAAGACGUGGAGGAGAAGGUGGAGGAGGGCGAAUGGGAACUAGAGGAGGGAGCUGAUGACAGAGUGGAGAGGAUUGAGGACAGAGAGGAGGAACAGGAGGGGCUGGAGGAGUUUGUCCUGACCCUCACACACACACUGAAGUCCCCUGCAGGAGGCAGCCUGGUGGAUGCGUGCUUUGUGUCCUGUCUGUCGGGAGGUGUGUGUGUGGCGGUGGCAGGUGAGCAGGAGGUGUGUGUUUGGGGUCAAGCAGCCACCCCAGAGUGGAGACUGCUACACACCUGGACUUUCAUAGAGCCAGUCAUCUCAGUGUUUCCAGUGCCUGAUGCUUCUGGGCUUCUGUGUGUAACUCUCGGACAACUGGAAAUCAGAGAGGCCCGGGUGCUCUGCUGCUCCAAUCUGUCCCAGACUGUACUCUGUGAGGGGAAGGUUCAGACGGUUGUGGGCGUGUCCAAUGCUAGGUUAAUCAGCUCCUCCCACUCAGCGGCCACACCCUCGCUUCAAGUUUAUACACUCUCAGCAGAUGGCAGCCCGCAGGCCACCUGGUCCCUGGUCAGUCCCACUGAGCGUGUGCAGAACCUGGCUGCAGUGGAGGGACAGGCGGACGCUCUGAUUGGCUCGACCCACGGUGGACAUCUUGUUCUCUGGAACGUGAGAACAGGACAUCUACUGCGAAGCAUCGCCCUGGGAGACGGUUUUAUGGACACAGCCUGCCUUCGAGGAUACUCCCUCUGUGGGGUGCUGUUUGUCCUGCUGCAGCACUUGUCCUUGCCUUCUCUGGGGGGCAGUGGCGAGCCGAAGGGAGGGGCUCUGUUCUCAUUGGUCGCUACGAACCCACUGACUGGCGCCGUUGCUCUGGCAACCAGAUUGCUACUGCCCGAAGCCUACACUGAGAGUUCUGACCUCAGGCUGGUGGAGGUCGACGUCCAAGGCUCCAGUGUGGUCGGGGUGCUCCGGUCCGGCUCUGUGUGUGUGUGGCUGCUGGGGACACGCCAAGGCCGUCAGGGGGAGUGCUUACCGGGGCUGGGCUGUCAGCUCGCCCGCUGGGGGGCGCAGGGAACCCUCCUGACUGCCAACCUCAAUGGGGAUGUUUGCUUAUAUCGCUACAGACCAGUGAACCGACCUACAGACCAGUGAACCGACCUACAGACCAGUGAACCGACCUACAGACCAGUGAACCGACCUACAGACCAGUGAACCGACCUACAGACCAGUGCACCGACCUACAGACUUCUCUCUUGUUGCUCCAGCCAUCUAGAUGAAUUAGUUAGCUGAAUCAGGGUUUGGCUUACUAGCAAGUAGAAGGCAGAGUUUAAUUCCCACCAUUUCACAUAUUGCAGAGAAUACACAUACCAUUUAAAAUGUGAAUUGGAUUUUAACAUAAAGUCAUGAUGUCAUUAGACAUAGUGGUCGAUUUUGGAUUGUUCCCUUCCAUACUUCAGGAAAUUAUUAAUGAAUAGCAAAAACAGCAAAUUGUGAAUAAUUAAAGCAAACCCCCCCAUUUGACCUUAAAAUAUUUCCUGGCCACUGUAAUGAUACAAAUUGUGAUUUGAGUUUUAAAAAUUAAAAAGUUUCAACCUUAAAGUGUAGGUAGCGUUUAACCACAUUAUACAUAUGGAUUUGUAGUUUUAUACACCUUUAAACAGUCCCAAUGUAAUGACAUACCUGGUUGUUACAUAAAACCUACAACAUUUCAGAACAAUGCCGAAGACAUUUCAAAGAGUAUACAAUAAAUAUGGCAUCAUAAAGGCGACCCAGCCAUUCAGGCUACAUGUGAUGUCAAACAAACAUUAUUGUGGUGAUUAAUACGAUAUUUAAAUUUCAUUCUGCUGCUUGUGGGGUGUGGCACAUUUUAAAUGAAUUUCCAUUCAAUAAUUUAAUUGGCAUUGAUGAGCAGUUUGCUGUGUUUGGUUGAACUGUUUGCUUGUAGUUGUGUUCAUUUUGUAGUUAAAUAGCAUGAGGACUUUUACAUGUGCAAAGUACAUUUUAAAAAAGUGUAAUGUGUAUGAUUAAAAAAUACUUUACCUGUGUUUUCUGUGAUAUUAGGUUGGAAUAAACUGCAUAUAUUUCUGUGGUGUGUUAAAAUGGCAUUGUGUAGAAU